UGUUUCCCAUUUUCGACAUGAGCCCCAGCAACAAUUCGCUCUUGGUAUGGGCCUAUGCCAUCGGAUGCUUUGAUCUGAUCAGCGCCAUGCUCUUUUCUAUGGUCAGCUUGAAGACAAUAUGCGAUCACCUGAGUUGGCUGACAAUUUUUGCCGCUGUCUUUGGCCUCUUUUGGAUAACAAUGAUUGUGAUGCUCCUGGUUGGCAUUCAUGGGCGCAAUGCCAGAUGUGUUCGUGCCUGGAUUAUCUUCUCCUGCGUGGGAAUCAUGGUCGAGAUGUGCCUGGUGCUGUAUGCCGUUUUUAAUGAGAGCUCCUUCCAAAUGGGUCUGGUCAAAAAUGGAUUGCUGCUCAUGCUGGGACUGGUUGUGGAGUGCAUUUUUCUGUACAUCGUUCAACGCUUUUACGUGACUUUGGCUUUUUGUCAAGCGUGUCAUAAAGCUUUAACCUCAAAGAUAGCACAACAACAAGCUUGUAUGGAUUAUGAAAGGCAGCAUUCUAGCAAUGGAGAGACCAAAAGACCUCAUCAAACCCAAAAUCACAGGGCAAACAUAGUUCCAAACGCGCCGACUCAACCCAUGAAGCUGGGUUUUAAUCGAACUUGUGACACCAGCUCGACAACGUAAA